GGGACUUAUCGGAAAACGGGUGGGCUUGUACAGAAGCAGCAGUGUGUGUCUGCAGGUGUCAACAACAAAAUAUUAAAACACACUCUUAUUAUAUCACAAAACUUUUACUCUUUGAUUUUUCCUAGUUCUAGCCAGAGAAAGGACCAAAAUGUUAAGAAGAAUAUUACAGAUGACUCCUGGGAAAGGAGGCUCCCAGAGUUCGGAGUCUGAGCAGCCGUCUGCUGAUAUGAAUAAUGAGUCCUCAGAGGGCUUCAUUUGUCCCCAGUGUAUGAAGUCACAUAACUCUGCUGAGGAGCUCUUCAAACAUUAUGAGGUGUUCCAUGAGCCAGGAGACCAGCCGUCCCCCUUCAGCCCUGACAGAGAGGAUCUAGCCCUUCUUCGACAGGAAGUCCAAGAUUUACAAGCUUCAUUGAAGGAGGAACGCUGGUUUUCUGAGGAAUUGAAAAAAGAAUUAGACAAAGUACAAGGACAACUAGCAACUAACAAAGGCCCGCAGAGUGAUGGUACUAGUGAAAAAUCAGAGCUCGAGAUGAGACUUAAUGAAUCUGAGACAGAGAAAUUCAACAUCAAACAGAUGAAAGACUUGUUUGAACAGAAAGCUGCUCAGCUUGCAACUGAGAUAGUUGAUAUCAAAUCUCGUUAUGAUGAGGAGAAAAGCAUGAGAGAAGCGUUGGAGCAAAGGCUGGCCAAUCUAAACCAAGAUCUGCAGAAAGAGAAACAGGAGAAGGAGAAACUGGCGGCAGAGCUGCUCCAGAGGCCUGGAGUGGAAGAUGUGGAGGUGUUGAAGAAAGAGCUGGUGCAGGUGCAGACGCUCAUGGACAACAUGACCCGUGAGAGGGAGGAGGAGUCUGAGCGCCUCAAGAGCCGAUACGAGCAGCUGCAGGCCAACUUCACUACCUCAGAGAUUCGUAAACUGGAGACAACGAUUGCUCAGUUGAAGGCAGAACUGGAAAAGGGUCCUCAGGAGGCAGCGGUCUACACCCAACAAAUCCACCAAUUACAGAGCAGCCUCAACAACUACCAGCAGCAGUCCCAGCUUUUGUCAGCGAAGUUAUCUCGUAAGGAGAAGGAGAGUCAGGAGCUCGAGGAGCAUCUGGGUCAGGAGCAAGCCUCUAAGAAGAGUCUUCAGGCUAGUCUGCACCAGAAAGACCUGGAGAUCCAGGAGAGCCAAGCCCGGGUGUCAUCGGGAGAGGCAGCUCUGAGUCGGGCCCAGGCUGAAUUGACCGAACGUGGGGAGGAGGCUGGACGACUAAGACGGGAACUCAGUGAGCUGGAGAAGAACCACCAGGAGUUGAAGGCAGAGAGGAAGCAACUUCAACAGCAGAGAGAAGAUAAAGAAAACCAGGGCCUGCAGCAGCAAAGUGAGAUCAGCCAACUGCACGCGAAGCUGCUGGAAACCGAGCGUCAGUUGGGGGAGCUGCAGGGCCGACUGAAAGAGCAGAGACAGCUGUCAGGAGACAAACUCAAAGAUCGGGAGCAGCAGGUGGCAGACCUGCAGCUUAAACUCUCCCGCUCGGAGGAACAGUUGAAGGAGAGCUCUACCAAGUGUACUGACCUGCAGCAUCAGCUGGACAAAUCCAAACAGCAGCACCAAGAACUACAAACACUUCAACAGAGCACUAAUGGCAAACUUAGAGAAGCACAGAAUGACCUGGAGCAGGUGUUGCGUCAGAUCGGGGACAAGGACCAGAAGAUCCAGAAUCUUGAAGCUCUGCUGCAGAAGAGCAAGGACAGCGUGAGCCAGCUGGAGGCAGAGAGAGAGGAUCUGUGUGCUAAGAUCCAGGCCGGUGAAGGAGAGGCAGCUGUGCUGAACCAACUAAAAGAGAAAAAUCAUUCACUACAGGAACAGAUAACGCAGCUUACUGACAAGCUCAAGAACCAGUCUGAAAGCCACAAACAGGCUCAGGACAACCUUCACGAGCAGGUGCAGGAGCAGAAGACCCACCUGCGCUCAGCGCAAGACCGCUGCCAGAGCCUAGAGACCACCGUCUCUGAGUUUACCACACAGCUCACAGAGAGCAAAGAGAAGAUUGCCCAGCUAGACACACAGCUAAAAGCCAAGACUGAGAUGCUGUUGUCUGCUGAAGCAGCAAAAAAUGCCCAGAGAGCCGACUUGGAGAACCACCUAGAGACUGCCCAGAAUGCAUUGCAAGAUAAACAGCAAGAGUUGAGUAAAGUGCAGGCUCAGCUGGAGGAGCAGGGCCGCAGACUGCAGGAGAAGCAGGAGCAGUGCUCUCAGCUGGAGACCAGUCUGAAGGACAGCAGAGACAAACUGCUGACUGCAGAGCAGAGGAUAGAGACACUGGAGACCCAGACGAAGAAAGUAGAGGUAGAGUUAACUGAACUCCGCUCUGGAAGGGAACAGGCUCAGAAGGAGCAGCUAACGCUGAAGAAGCAGAUCGGUGAGCUGGAGAUGAAGACAAAGGAGCUGAACCGUCUUUUAGACUCUGAGAAACAAGGAGCUGCCACCCAGCAAGAGGAGUUGAAGAAGAAAAUGUCAGCCCUCUCCCAAACAAAACAAAAGCUGGAGAAAGCAGAGCAGGAGCGUGUAACCCUGGAGGCCAGCCUGGAUAAACUGUCUCAGGAGGGUCAGAAGCGGCAAGGAGAGCUGGACAAGAAAGCUCAGGGUCUGAGUGCAGAUCUUAAGAAAGCUCAGGAGGAGAAGGAAGCUCUGACUAAAGAAAUGGCAACAGUGAAAGAGGCUUUGAGCAAAGCUUCUAAAGCUCUCAAAGAGAGCCAGACUCAACUGGAGGCAGAGAAGAAGAGCAGGAAGUCCACUUUGGAGGAGAAGGAGAAGUUUUAUCAGAAAGCACAGCAAGAACUUCAGAAAAACACAGAGACCACUUCUAAAGAGCUCAGCCAUGUCAAAGGUCAGCUGGAGAAAUCAAUAGAGGCAGAAAAGGGGCUUCAAUCUCAGCUGACUGCACUGAACACUCAACUGAAACAGUCUCAAGAUACACUGAAAGAGAAAGAAAAUAGUGUACAGCAGCUACAGGAAGAGCUGAAGACCACACAGGGAUCCUUAAGCCAGGAAGUGAAGAAAUUUAAGGCGCAAGUGUCUGAGCUGCAGACUUCCCUCACUAAAAAGACUGAAGAGGAGGCAAAGCUGAAGGAGCAGGUGACGACAUUGUCUAAAGAUCUCAACUCUGAGAAGAAUCGCUGUGCAGAGCUGCAGAAGACCAGUGACAGCACCAAAGAAAGUCUCACCACGCUUCAGUCUGAUUACUACGGCAAAGAGUCUGAGCUCUCUGCUGUACGCCAGGACCUCAAGGUGUGUGAGGAGAAGCUGGUUCUAGCUCAGGAGGAGCUGGUGGUCAACAGAAACCAGCUUAGUGCUCACGAAACCCAGAUCCAGGAGCUAAAGACGGCCCGCACGGAGCUGGACAAAGACCUCAGCAAGAGAGAUGAGAAGAUCAAACAACAGGUGGAGGCUCUACAGAAGCUCCAGAAACAACAGGAACAAACUGAGGAGCAGCUGAAGAAGGAGAAGGCUCGAUGCGAGGAGCUCAUAGAGUGCCAGAGCGCUCUGGAAAAGGACAAAAACAAACUAUCUGCUGAUCUUAAAGCUCUGGCCGAGAAGAAUGAGAAGGAGCUGAAGGAGCUCCAGGCAGCGAAGCAACUGUUGAUCCAACAGAAGGUGGAGCUGCAGGGGAAGGUGGAGACAGCUCAAGCAUCUCUGGAGCAGGAACAGAGAGAGCAUCAGAAGACCAAAGACUCCAUCAAACAAAAACAGCAGCAGCUCAAAGCUGAGACGGACAAACUACAACAGCAACUGGCAUCAGAAGUGAAGGCUAAAGAGGAGGUGGAGAAGCAGAGGGAAGAGGCAGAGGUGAAGAUGUCUGUGCAGGUGGCGGCACUGAAUGAGAACGUGGCGACGCUGAAGCGAGAGUGGCAGAGCAGCCAGAGACGAGUGGGUGAGCUGGAGAAACAGACGGACGAGCUGAGAGGGGAGAUCGCGGUGUUGGAGGCCACUGUCCAGAACAAUCAGGAUGAGAGGCGUGCACUGCUGGAGAGGUGUGUCCAGGGUGAGGGUGAGAUCGAGAAGCUUCAGACUAAGUUAGUGGAGAUGCGCAGGAAGUUGGAUGACACUACAGCCGCCAUGCAGGAGCUUGGCCGGGAGAAUCAGUCCUUACAGAUAAAACAGUCGCAGUCUCUCACGCGAAAGUGGGCAGAGGAUCACGAGGUGCAGAACUGUAUGGCUUGUGGGAAAGGCUUCUCUGUCACUGUCAGAAAGCACCACUGUCGACACUGCGGCAACAUCUUCUGUGCAGAGUGCUCUGCCCGAAAUGCCAUGAUCCCCUCCUCCAAGAAGGCUGUACGAGUGUGUGACAGUUGCUUUGAGGAGCUCCAGGGCUGAUCUCCCUCCCUCUUAACCCCGUCCCCUGCAGCCCUCUGCACCCCGCUCGCCCUGACCUCUCCCCAGGAAACAUGAGUAACCAGGAGAGGCCAGCCGAGGGCGGACGCAGAAGCUGCAGGGACCACUGAGGAACAUCAUGUCACGGUGGUCACUCGAUGCUGCCAAUCAGAUAGAGGGAACACUAAAUUAACCCGGCCAGAACGGCUGUCCUCAUCUGUACAGUGCCUUUGCCACUUAUCGGGCCACUUUCAGACCCAGAGGAAUCAAAAGGGAGAAACCGCUUAAGCAGAUGUAUAAUUUGUAAUAUAAAAACCAGUUCCUUACAGAAGUCUUGUGCUAAAGUACAGCAGCUUUGGCACUCAGGAUUAAGUUUACAUUGAUAUCGUCUUGUAAAAGGUUUAAGUGUAAGAGACGUGGGUCGGAGCGAAUCGGAGUAGAACCAAAGCUGUUCGCAGGGUCCUUAUUUGAUAUAUCUCAUUUGUAAGUAAAUGUACAGGCAAAAGAGGCACAUGUGAAUAAUUCAGAUAUAACUGUCACUCUAUGGAGACUGUAUCAUUGUUCAUUUAAUGUGGGCAUGUUAGCAAGGUAUGUGGGUGUAACAUACAUGCUUGCUUUGCUGCUCUUAUGUCUGUUGAAAUGAAACACUUGAUGUUUGUUUUCCAUUCAUAAUCUCACCAGUAGGAGUUGGUGGUUCUUUUAAAGAUUUACGCACACAAAUAUGUCUUUUUUUGUUUUGUUUUAUCAAUUUGUACAUGUUGGAUGUACGUGCCCUGCUUUUAAGCAAUAACUGUGCAUUGGGUGUGAUUGUUUGUGUGAUAGUAUAUUGAAAAUGAAUGACAGACCGCUGAUUGUGUUUAAAAUAUCAGCUGCUACAUUUCUCUUCAACUUGUGCGGUUUCUCUCAUUCAUGGCAUCUGUGCAAUUGAGCAAAUGCAUCGCCGCGAGCCAACACUUUAGACUAAAAGGGGUAGUUCACCUAAAAUUUUUAACACCUACAAAUUUUAAUUGUCACUAUUUAUUCACCCUCGUGUCAUUCCAAACCUGUAUGACAAGACUUUCUUCUGCAGAAUAUAAAAGUAGAUAUUUUGAAGGAUGUUGAGAACAAAACAAUGACUUCCGUUUUUUGUCCUUUUUUGUCCAUACAAUGAAAGUCAACGGGAACUGAAACUCUUUAGUAAACAUUUCUCAAAAUAUUGUUUCUUUUUUUCUUCUUCUUUGUUUGUGUUGCAGAACACAAAAGAAGAUAUUUUAAAGAAAGAUGAUAACCAAACGAAAGUCAAUGGCAACCGAAGCGCUUUAUUUACCGACAUCAAAAUAUCUUAUGUCUUGUUACUGUUUUAGUUAUCAACAUACUUCAAAAUAUCUUAUCUUGUUUUCCUUGUUUUUUUUUUUACAGAACACAAAAUACAUUUUGAAGAAUGUUGAUAAACAAACAAACAAAAGUGUCAGAACUGUCGAAGUCAAAUGGAACCCAAACUCUUUAUUUACUGACGUUCUUCAAAAUAUUUUAUAUGCCUUGUUUUCUUUGUGGAUUACAAAAGGAAGAUAUUUUGAAGAAUGUUGAAGAUCAAGCAGUUUCAUGUUUCAAUUGACUUCCAUUUUAUUUUUGUCCAAAUGGUGAAUGUCAGUGGUGUCCAAAAGAGAUAGUUUUGGACCCCAUUGACUUCCAUUAUAUAGACAAAAAAAAAAAAAAGACAUUUUUCAAAAUAUCUCCCCAUCAUAGAUGUUUGAAAUGAAAUGAGGGUGUGUAAAUGACAGAAUUUAAAUCUUUUGGCGAACUAUUCCCUUAUAAGAAGCUAAAAGUGUGGCGAGCCUCAUUGUAAGCGCUUAGCGUAGAACUAAAUGUGAGCGAGUGCACUGCAACUAACUGCUGUAAAGUAUGCUUCACUGUAUGUGGUUCAUGCAAAAGCCACGUUCUGAUGUUUUCGCUCUGCUUAAUAGAUUGUACGCGGCUUGCAGCAUCGAUGGCACUGUUUGCUGACAGUGUGAUUCUGAAGUAUUGAUUACUUCCUGUUUGUGUCUCUAGAUGGAUUCAGGAACAUAAUGCAUAGUGAUUUCAUAUGUAUCCCAGGAUGAAUCAAAAGUGUCUCAGGAUGUUUUGCGCUCAUCACCAGCUCAGUCAUGUGAUGUGAAAAUUGUAUAGUAUAUGAAUAACAGCCCUUUAACUUGAUUUUGGAUGAAAUGUGUGCUGCAGUCAAAAACAGUGUGAUAGAAGCCGCUCAGUGCCAUAAACUGGUCAAAACCCUCCAUCUACAUCACUUCCUGUUUUCUCUAACCAUUAACAAUGCUGUAAUUAUUAGCAAAGUGUUUGAAGAAAAACAGGUUGUGCAGCUUGCAAAUAAAGCAAAUUUUUUGACCGCGUAUGCAAAGUGCAUCACUUGUAGGUUUUUGGAGCAGCACUACUCACUAACAGUAUCUGUUAUAUGGUUGUCAUGCAUUAUUAUUAUGGAUUGAUUCAUAUUUUGUGAUGUGCUGAACAGCAGGGUGUUCACAUUCAUGUUGUGGUAAUGUGUUUGUGUGCCUUAUAUCAAGGUUUGUUUCUGUCACAUUUGUACAUUUUUGAAUGCAAGACACGUCUUAACAGGCAAAACCCAUCAUAUACAUGUUCAUUUGUUUAGCAGGGUCCUACAUAUUUGGUAUUGUGAUUUGUGAUGAAAAAAAUCAAUCAGAAUAUACUAAAUGAGUUUAAAAAACGAAAAGUGUAAAAUAUCACAUACUGAAGGUGAUUUCAGGUUAAUUGGUUCGUUUGCCUGAAGGUCCUGAUCCAAAUGAAGAACAGAUGAAUUUCUUCACCACCCAAGAUUUUUAUUUUUUUUUGUUGAGGAAAAAAAAAAGUGUUCAAUGGUAUCAUGUUUUCUAAUUUUUCAUCAUGUUUAAAAGUAAAUAAUAAACUAGCUGUUUCUAUUUUC